AUGAAUACAUUCCAAACUAUGUAUCUACCAUCAUACCCCUACCACCUUAGUCAAUGCAAUAUGAAUAUCGGUAACAGACCAAAUGACUCGGAAUAUAGUCUGCAAAGAAAUUAUGUCUCUCCUUGUGAUAUCUCUAAUUUGAUCACUUUAAACAAACUCAAUUGCCAAGAUAAUAACGUUAAAACAAUAAUGCUGAAACAACUGAAGGCCAAAAAUAAAAUUUAUGAUCCUUAUAUUUACAUGAACCUUCUGGCUUCGUAUUACCUACAGACCCAAUGUAGUUACCCAGCUAAUUUUCUCAGAAGGUUUCCAAACUCCGAUACUGUCUCACCCGGGAGCAGUACCACAUCAUCAUCGCUAGAUUGCAAUACUCCGAGUCCAAAGGAUUUAAGGAUUACUCCUUAUGAAAUAGACCCCUCACUCAAUAAUAAGAAGGAAUAUCCAUACAAUUUAGAAACUAAUUUUGAUGACAUAGCAUUAACAACUUCGCCAGAGAAAACUCAGAUCAAGGAUAUAAGCUUACUAGAUUUGAAAGAGGGUUUAAAACAACGCAGAAAACGUAGGCAUAGAACCAUAUUUACUGAAAAUCAAAUUGAAGUUUUGGAAGAUUCCUUUUGCAGAUCUCAGUAUCCCGAUAUAACGGAGCGGGAACUUUUGGCAGCCACCAUAUUUUUGAAAGAGGAAAGAAUCGAGAUAUGGUUCAAAAACAGAAGAGCCAAGUUGCGAAAACUCAAACACAAUGAACCAGUCCAAUCUUAA